GCGUCCAGGGGCGUGGUCUAUUCCGAUUGUUUUUAACGUGCGCUGCUGCUGUCCGUGGCCGACGCGCUCCGUCUUUAUUUCGCCUCGCUGUGCCGUUAUGGAAGUCAGGGAGCGCUGCUGUGCGACACCAUAGGGCCCGGAUCUCGCUCCCAGGGCGGUGGGGAUGCGGCUUCACGAUGGGAAACGUUUUCGGCCGAAAGAGACGCACUCGAGUGACGGAGCAGGACAAGGCGGUGUUGCAACUGAAGCAACAGAGAGAUAAGCUGAAGCAGUACCAGAAAAAGAUCACCCUACAGCUGGAGAAGGAGCGGCUUCUGGCCCGGCAGCUGCUCAAGGAUGGGAAGAAGGAGAAGGCCCUACUUCUGCUCAAGAAGAAGCGAUACCAAGAGCAGCUGCUGGAGAAAACCGAGAACCAGAUCGGCAACCUGGAGCGGAUGGUCCAAGAUAUUGAGUUUGCCCAGAUUGAGAUGAAGGUCAUCGAGGGGUUGAAGAUUGGUAACGACUGUCUGAAGAAGAUGCAUGAGGUGAUGUCAAUAGAGGAAGUGGAGCGAAUCAUGGACGAGACGCAGGAUGCCAUUGAGUACCAGAGGGAAAUCGACGACAUGCUGGCGGGCUCCCUGACCCAGGAGGACGAGGACGCGGUGCUGGCUGAGCUGGACGCCAUCACGCAGGGAGAAGAUGUGUCCCUCCCUGACGUUCCUAAGGAGGAACUGCCGGAGGUUCCUGCAGAAGAACUGGAGAGGAAGAGGGUGAAGACCCAGUCGGAGAUGCUGGUGGCCUAGCGGGACCCUAGCGGGACCCUCGCCCUUGCCUGCCGUCCCCUGUCCCCCCCCCCUCUGCUCCCAGACUCCCCCUUGGAGCUCAGGCGGGUGGCUCCUGUGGCAUAACACCCCCGCCCCCCCCCAGCUCAGGGGCCAGUUAGGCUGGAGGCCUGACUUUACUGAGAAUGCCCUCAGUGCUGUUAUGCUCUCUGCCGCUCUCCUUCCUGCUCUCCUUCCCGCUCUCCUUCCCCAUUGUCGUACCCCUGUUCUGUGUCAGACUGACUGCCCCCCCCCCCAAAACGCAUUCCUGGCUUGACCAGCUACCUGCUCCCGGUCAUGUGAGCGCGUUGGGUCGCUUUCCCAGCCACGUGGGGGCUGAUCCUGUCCUCGGCAGCUUACCUCUGCUCCUGAAUAUCACCUCAUCACUGCCGGGUUUCCCACAGCGAAGAUGAUGCAGCCACAUCUGGCAGGAAGUGGGUUAGUGCCCUGCUGUGCCCUGCUGUGCCCUGGGCUUUGGGUCAGCAUCCUUUGGUUUGGUUAUGGUGACCCAGGCAGCAAACUGCUCAGUCUGUGUUAUGUUUGUUUAAACCAGCAUGUUCUCAAAAUUAACAGGAUAUUAGUGGUAUUAGUGGACCCCUGUAACUGAUGCAGAAUUCACUGUUUAACCCAAAAUGGCAACCCCCCCCCCAAGCUUUUUCUGUCUGUUAUGGACUUGCGGAUAUCAUUCAGUCCUGCAGGAAUGGCUACAUUCUAGCUGUUCCACUUCACUGGAAUUUAAUUAUACCCGUGGACCUCCUGAUAACAUUUGCCGGUGGUUACAAAAUAAGUUUGCGUUUUUAGAAUGUGCUCCCCCUUUCAGUCCCUCCUGCACAAUAAAAGUUUUUAAUUCUUUCAGAUAA